AGAAAAGAAGGGGAAAUGUGCCUUAGUAAAAAAACUUGUGACGGAAAAUGCAUGGCGUAACAGUAGAAAGGAAGGACACUAUUCCGCUGUUCGUCCAUUACAAGCAUCUAAAAAAAAAAAAAAACCAGGAAUAUCAAGGAAAGAAAAGAUAUUUCGUCAUCAAAAGGGAAUAGAUGCAAAACGGCAAGUAUUUAUUAUUGGAGAUCAGGUCAUGUCAUUGAAAAAUAUAAUCUUGGUCCUUAGUAUGAAGAUGAAGCUGAUGGUAAAAGGAAGCAUCUAUCAAUCACCAAAG